GCGUGUGUGAGCAGUGGGUGAACGCCACUCACUCCAAGGUCUGGUUGACAUUAGUACCUUGUGGCCAGAAGGACUAUUACUAGCUCGGUUGGAGACGACGUCGUGUCCCUUCGUACUUGUCACCCAGCAUCGGUGCCAUGUGUCCCCAAUAGGCGUGUCCUGAUUGACCGUGAUUGGCUUGACGUCAUAAGUCAUGAUCUCCGGGAAGCCAUAACAAUGACGACUCACGUGUUUUAGCCAGUGAACGAGCUUGUGCUGGGCUCUCCCGUGAUUUGAUUGCGUGCCUUGAUUGCGUGUGAGUGAGGAGUGAGUGGCCUCCUCCUCCUCCUCCUCCUCCUCCUCCUCCUCAGUAGUAUGGAUUCCCCUUCUUCGGUCCAGGUCCUGGAUCUGGAUCGCACCUCCUUGGCCACCUCCGGCAUCGGGGAGAGUUUGCACAGCGGGUCGUCGGGCGUGGCCUCUCAAGAGUUGCUGCCGGGCUCGCCCAACCUCUCGCCGCCCCCGCCGGCGUGUCCCUUGGGCGCUAUUUCCAAAUCCUGGCUCCUCCGGCUGUUCGAGAGCAAACUCUUUGACUCGUCCAUGGCCAUGGCCUACGCCUUCAAAUCGAAAGAACCCGGGGUGUUGGGCUACAUUGGCAACAAGUUGUUCACGUACUCGGACCAAGAUCUGGAGUUCUAUUUGCCGCAAAUGGUCAAUAUGUAUCUGAUGCAUCGCGAAGUGGCGGAAGUGUUGCACCCGUACUUGAUUCAUCGGUGCCGCAAGAGUGUGGAUUUUUCGUUGCAAUGCGCUUGGCUUUUGGAGGCGUACGGCUCAAGUGCGAGUGUGCAUUGUAAGAAGAAGGGUCAUGCGGCCAAACUGCGGCAAUUGAUCCUAUCCGGCGAAUUGAUGCCCAAGGCCGCGGCUUUGGAGGCCCGAUUCGUGGACAUGGUGGAUAAAUUCCACCCGAGCCACAAUGGGCGGAUGAAGAACCUGUACCCGUUGAUGGGUCAUAAGAAGACUCAUGUGCGGUCCCGCUCGGACGCCACAGGCUUGAUGAAUUCGCCCUAUCUGAAGCCCUACCACGGCCAUCCGCAUUAUAAUGUCCAUUUCCAAGGCGGUCAUCAGGGACCGCACCCGCAUCAGACCCAUCUGUUGCCGUCCACCUUGUCUCGGUUGUACCCGGAACUCAAGCCACGAUUGGCUUUGGGUGACUUGACCUCGGGUCGAGCCUUCGACAACGGUUGUAGUUGCUUUGAAUCGUGCCAAGCGGCCGUCAACGAUCUCCGAGGCAACCGGACUCAUUGCUCAUGCGGUGCUCCCCGAUUGGCGCCUCAGCAAGAAUUCAUCAAGGUGCUCAUCGGCAUCGGGCGUCUGCUCUCGACCUUGUCGGACAAGGAGGCCAAAACCCAACGGUUGUCGGCCGAACUCACUCUCCUCAAUCUGAAUCUUCCGGCCCGCGUGUGGAUCCCGGUGCAUUCCCAAGAUCUCCAACACUUUGUGGUUCGAAUCCCGCCCCAAGCGGCCUCGGUCCUCAACUCCAAGGACAAGGCGCCCUACAUCAUCUACGUGGAAGUGGUCGAAACCUGUGAUAUGGACACGAGUCCCACACCCGAGAAGAUCACCGGCAACCUCCGCCAUGUGCGGAGUGAAGAACAGAUCAACCCUCCGGAUCACUCCUCGGAGACCAAUUCCUCGUCCUCCUCGUCGACCAGUCACGGCCAUGGCCUGGUCGAGUCCUCAUCCUUGUCCUCCUUGGCUGUGCAUCACAACUUCUACAUGCAGACCAUGGAGGUGGAUUCUCCGGAUUGCUGGUCACAAGACGACGAUGAGUGGACCCUGCAGCAAUAUCCGGGCCGAUAUCGGCGCAAUCUCGACCGUGAUACCAUCUCCCAGAUGAGCAUUGACAGUACGGACUCGCGGGAACCCGUCUUCGUGGCGGCGGGCGAUAUCCGCCGGCGACUCUCCGAGUGUCUCAAGGACGCUCCCUCGGGAUUUCGUCACGAUCCCGAGGACCCAUCUGCCUCCGUUCUCAAGGAGCCUUGGGCAGACAAGGUCAAACGGAUCAAGGAGUCCUCUCCCUACGGGCAUUUGCCCCGUUGGCAAUUGUUGUCUGUUAUCGUGAAAUGCGGGGAUGACUUGCGGCAAGAACUCAUGGCCUAUCAGUUGUUGGUGAUGCUUCAACGCAUUUGGACGGAAGAGCACGUACCUCUGAAGAUCCGACCCUAUCGGAUCUUGGUGCUCUCCAGUGAUUCCGGCAUGUUGGAACCCGUACUGAAUACUGUGUCCCUGCAUCAGAUCAAGAAGCAUAGCAAGAUGUCGCUUUUCGAGUAUUUCAAACAAGAGUUCGGUGAGCCCAAUUCCGAAGGCUUCCUGACUGCUCAGCGGAAGUUUGUGGAGAGUUGUGCCGGAUAUUGCGUGGUCUCGUAUCUAAUACAGGUGAAAGAUCGUCAUAAUGGGAAUAUUCUCUUGGACAAUGAAGGCCAUAUUAUUCAUAUUGACUACGGAUUCAUCCUGUCUUCCUCGCCUCGGAAUUUGGGCUUCGAGAACUCGCCAUUUAAACUCACGCCGGAAUUCGUUGAGGUCAUGGGUGGUCAAGACAGUGAUAUGUUUAAGUAUUUCAAAAUCCUGAUAUUACAAGGCCUCGUGGCGGCCAAGAAACACUCGGACAAAAUCACCUCCAUUGUAGACAUCAUGAGAGCAGGCUCGCAACUGCCGUGCUUCAAUUCGUCUGCAUCGGCAGUCCAAAGUAUGAAGUCUCGAUUUCACAUGAACCUGACCGAAGACCAACUCCACGCAUUAGUGGACAGCAUGGUCGAGCAGUCCAUCUACUCCCUCACCACCAAGAUCUAUGACGGGUUCCAAUACCUCACGAAUGGGAUCCUAUGAAGCACGCGUAUCGUUCUUCCCGCGCGACUUUUUGUAUCACAACUACUCCCUUCGUGCUCUUGCUCUUGUCAGAAUAACUGCGAAUACAACAAUGUUGGUAAUAAUUAGAUUUGUGGCAUAUAUCUUUACACACCGAAA